UGGCUAUGCAAGCCAGAAGGCUAGAACUCUUAUCAGACAAGUUGUCGCCCAACAAUUCUUAGUAAACUCGUCCCAUACUGGAACAGUUGGGAAUGCGCCCCUACAGCUAACAUCCAAUGAUGAGUAGUGAUCCCAGAUACUACAACCAGCAGUCUGGUCAAUCUUUCUAGACCCCACAGUGCUACGUUUCAAUUCCACGCUGGUCUCUUUCAUAUCAAAUACGGCCCAACACUGUGGACUAGUCCACAAAACUUGCAACAUCCUCUCAUUAUUGAGCUGCUCACUCCCGUAUUUGCAAUCGCGAUGAUUUUGUGAUGACAAUAUCCAUCAUGACAUCUUCAUCGGAUCAACAAGAUAUCCUCCAGAGUCUCGAUGAUGAGUACAGAGAGGACCUCGCCAUUCACCUCUACUCCAGCGUCCUCCUCAAUAGGAUUGACCCGGCCUUUCCCAGGCUGACAUGGGGCGGGUGGCCCUUGCCCAUAGAUGAUGUUCCCAUACCGAGGACUUCAUUGAAGUAUGCAGACAAUAUGGUGGGAAACGACGAGUACGAACACGACAUAGAUGUGGACUUUGCCAAGCUUCGAGCAGAUUACCGCAAAGUGGAAGAUGCGCUCCACAGAAGGAAGUACGGUGUUUCCUUGGAAGAGUCCCGACUGAAACGAAAAUGGAAGAAAGCGUCAUCCCUGCAGCCCACAAAAAGGCAGAAGACACUGGCAGAGAACGAAGCAGAAGCUUCACGGGAACAGGUAGACCAGGUCAGCUCAAACAACGAAAACGACAGAGGAGAGAAAAGAGUAGACACUGCACAAGAGGUGGACCAGAACAGCUCUAACGAGGAGGACAGUGAUGUGGAGGCUGCAGACAAUGCACAACACCAGACUAUCUCGAGCGACGAGGAAAACAGUGGUGAUGAAGACCAGGAUGAACAGGAUGAACAAAUAGAUGACCCUCCCAACACAGAUGGGCUCAUUUUAAACGAAAACCCUCCAGAAGAAACAGAUCCACUCGACGAAAACUACAAAGGCAAGCUGUCAUUCGUCUACAAUAAUGAUACAGCAAAGAGAAUCAACAAUAUCAAAUACAUCCAGCAUCCAUCCAACAGCAAGUCGGACUUAGUCAAUGAGAUCGCUCAUCUUAUAGAGAAGAACAUAACACAGAAAUUCAGGAAGGCACAACAGGAAAAUUCAACCGCUGACGACGUUGUCCUAUCUCCAGACCUCUCAUCAAAAGCUGUGAUUGA